ACUAUUUUCAUUCAAUGUCGUCAAUGAACAUUGAUUGCCUUGAAGUGAAUUGUUUUGUGAAAACCAACAUUUAUUCAGGAAAUAUUUGAUUAAUACACAUAAAAAAUGGGGAAAGGAUUCAAUAAUUACAUGUGCAAGAAAUUUUUCCAUCCCGCAUCAAGAGAUAACUUAAAAAGAGUAUGGAUGGCUGAACAGAAAACUGAGGCUUACAAGAAGAAACAAGAGGAAUUGAGAGUACAAUAUGAGAAAGAACAAGAACUACACGAAAAUAAGGCCUUGUUGAGCAAAGACAGCAAGGACAAGUUGAGUUUGAACUUCAUGUAUGAGCCCCCUCCAGGUGUUAAGAAGGAGAGAGAACGUGAAGAUAACGAGCCAGAGUAUAAAUUUGAGUGGCAACGCAAGUACAACGCACCGAGGGAGAGCUACUGCAAAGGGGAUAAUGAAAUCAGGGAUCAACCUUUUGGUAUACUCGUCCGUAAUGUCAGAUGCAUCAAGUGUCAUAAAUGGGGUCACAUAAAUACAGACAAAGAAUGCUCUAUGUAUUCCUUAUCAAUGAGCGAGGCUCGUGCUCUGCAAGCCUCAACAUCAGCUCCUGAAGAAGAAGAAGAGAAACCGGAUGUCCCCACACUGAUGCAGCACAUGAGAGACAGUGGCCUGGUGAUGAAACCCGGAGCCCUGCCUCUAUCUGCCACAAAGAUUGAAGAAAAUGACACGUCUAACUUAACUGAAAUGGAUCUUAUCAGUCAACUAACUAAAAAGCAGAAGAAGAAGCUCUUGAAGAAAUUGGAGAAAAUGGAAAAAAAGAAAGACAAGAAACACAAGAAGUCUAAGCAUUAAAAAAAUACGCGCGUAUUAAGUAUUAUAUGGCAAAGGAGUAAAACUUGAGAUGUUUUGUGACAGAAUUUGGUGUUGAUGCUAUUAUUCUGGCCCUUUCAAAGGAGACUCACGAUUUCUCGGACCCCAGUACUUGGGAGUUGCUUAAUGCGCGCGCACAAUGACAUUGAUCACAAGAAAGACCACUGGUCUUGGUACUCGAUAUAAUUAUCUCUAUCGUUCUUUUUAAAGCACCAUAUAUGUGUGCCAUGUCUAUUAGAGUAGUAAUGUUCUGGGUCUUAUUAAACAUUAUAUUAUAUUAUUAUCUUCUCAAAUUAUUGUAAAACAUUGUAUUAUUUAUUAUAAUUGGGUUGCAGCCAAUUUUCCCCCUCUUUAAUCGAAAUUUUAGACAUAAAAUAUUUUUCAUAAGAAAUAACAUGGAGAAUAGAGACGCACUUUAGAUUUAAUUUGUUCGAAAAAUAAACUAAUGAU